GUGUAAACGGGGCAUCAACCAAUUUUUACAUACAAAGUUUUGUGUUGUGUAUUUCAGUUGCAAACAAUCAAAAUGCAAGAAUUUUUAAAAAUCAACGAUAAGUUCUACAUUGUCCACAUCCAGCGAGUAAACGAUAGAGAAGAGCAACCAAGCGCAGCGGAGCUGCUAUUGCAAUGUAGUAUUUUCGAUAUGAUUCAACUUUGGAGUGAAACGAUAUCUAUCACAAACCUGAUCGAACGAGAAAAGAAAAACAACGCGAUAAUUGAAUAUUCGCCAGACAUAGUGGACGAAACCCUGCUAGCUAGGAGAGCGGAUGGCUAUAACCUACAGGAAAGUAACGACAGCUCCUUCGAAAUGUGUCUCAACAUGAAGUAUUACGUUUCGGGGAUUCCUGUGACAUUCAACUUGCAGCUAAAGCAGGCUAGUCGUGAAGAGCUGUCCGAAAAUAUUUUACUACCCGUUUGGCGUACGCUCCUUCUUCUACAUGAAGAAAAUUGUACUCUCAAAGACAUGCUAUUGAAGAAGGACAUUGAAAUUGAGCAGUAUAAAGUUGAAGGGGCCAUCCUUAAACGAAAUCUAGUUGCAACUACGAAAUUCGAUGAAACAAAGUUUUGUAAAACAUUUCCACUUAGUUUCCCGGAUCAGGGACUGAAAGUGCUAGAAUUAAUCAAAAACAAGGAACGCCGAGCUAGUCUAAUGAAACUGUUGCAGAUACAAUUCAAUGAAUCAAGCGCAAAGCAAGCGAGCCCGACCAAAUUAUCUAGCACAACUGCACUAUCGCCGACCAAAAGAAGUCCAGGAACCCGUGCAAAAGGCUUAGAUGCUCUCUAUGCGAAACAAAGGAUACCAAAAACGCUGCCAUCUUCGUUUCUGUCGAGAAAACGACUUCCGCUGGAUUUAGCUGACGAAGAUGAUAAAAAGGUGAUUCCAAGAACCGAUAAUACCAGCUUCGAUGUAGGCAAACCCAAUGAUAGCAUCAGUGAACUGAAUGGCAGUAGAGGAAGCGUUAAAGUAAGGAAAAUAACGAAACUGUAAAUGUAUUUAUAUAU